GUCCUUUGUUAGCCAUGCUACGACGAUAAUUGCAAAGUAACAGUUACGUUGUACGAUUUAAAAAUUUUUUGUGUGGCUCGAUAAUCUCGAAUCGAAGAAAUUCCUCGACCUAUUAAUUAUUUCUCUUCAAACAGUGAUAUAAGAUGGAAAUAUCUCCUAGAAAACCAUUGAAACGUACGCAAGAACCUAUUGAUGAAUGGUUACAAAAUGAAGGAUAUUUCAGGAAACAUGCACCUAGAGAUCCAACUUGCUUGUUCAGGGCAGUUAGCGAACAAGUUUACUUGACACAACACUAUCAUAUAAGAGUGAGAAAAGAAUGUGUGGAGUUCAUGAGAAAAACAAAACAUUUAUUUUCGGAGGGUAUAUCAAUUCCAUUUGAAGAUUAUUUAGAACAAAUGAUAUGUUUUACGGAAUGGGGUGGUAUGACUGAAAUCCAAGCCAUGUCGUUACUUUAUAAAAGAGAAUUCAUUAUAUUUAGUAGUCAAAAGCAAGCGAAUCAUAAUGUUACAAAUAAUGGUUUUAAGGAUAUAAUAUAUUUAUGCCAUACACCACAAAAACAGUAUGAAAGUAUUUAUACAAAGGACUUUGUUGCAAAUGCUGCUUUUUGUCAAUCUAUUGUCUAUCAAGUGUUAUAUAAAGAUGUUUUUCAAAUGGCUAAUAUAGAGGGUACUGUUCAUAAAAUGUUACAUGAUAGAACAGCUACAUUUAGACAUGAUAAGUUUUUUCUUAAAGGCAAUCUAGAGAUCCGAGACCAAUUAGCUGCAGAGAUAUAUAAUAAAAUUGACAAUGGAACUGAUGAGGUUGAUGAUGCACGGGCCGUAAUAAAAAAUAUACCACCUUUUCCUUAUAGAAUUGCUAAAGCUCUUGAUCCCAAUAUCUAUCGUAAUACUGACUUUGAUAUAUGGCAUGAAAUUAGAAGAGAAGUGAAAAAUGCAGGAUGGACUAGGCACAAUAGUCAUGAACUCCAAAUUGGUGGCAAAUGUUUGGUACAAGUGGACUUUAAUGAGGAAGAUUUUGACAAAACCAAUAAUAAUAGCAUUUAUGUGUCUUCUCUUGGAAAGGAUGUUAAUGAUAAUGAUACAAAAAUAUUGCAAAAGAAAAGCAAUGAUCCCAUAUUUUACUAUGGACAUAUUCAAGAAAUGGGUAAAAGUCAGGGACCUGUAUUAGUCUUUAUUGAAGAGUUAGGAGAAAAAAGGAUUGUGCCAUAUUCAUCUCUUAAACCAUUACCCCUAAAGAAAAAUAAACAGGCCAAUUGGCUACCAGUUUGCAAAAAGAAUCUACUCUUAGAUUCAAAUCAAAAAUGGAGAAAAGCAUGCAGUGCAUCAUCGCGCAAAACUAAAGAUUCUAAUAUGAACAUUUUAUCAAAUAAUAUUGAUAAAAAUGAAAACAAUGAUAAUAUUGUCAGUGAUAUUAAUGAGAAUAAUUUUCAAUGGAAGGAAGGAUCAUUAAAAGUGGAUCAUCAAGAAUAUGAGAAUUAUUCAAUGGAUAAGUGUGCUAAUUACUCAAUUGAUAAUUCUGUUGAAAUGUUUUCUACAAAAAUGGUUCUUGAUAACACUCAGUCUUCUACAAUAGAUAUUGGAAGGCAAGAAAAUAAUAAAGAACAUAAAGAAAAAGAUUCAUUCUCACAUAAAAACUCUGAAAAUAAUUGUAUAAGAAAUUCAAAAUCUGAUAGUGCAACGAAUAAUGAUAAUAAUGUCAGUUUUAACUCGUAUUCUAAACAGAAGAUGCAGAAAGAUAUAUAUUAUGCACCAUACGCUGGAGAUUCUAAUGCUCAAAUAGAUCAUAUGCUACGUUCUAUUAAUUGUUCUGUACAAAAAAGUAUUGAUGUAAAUGGUAGUGAUUUGCCGCUAUCAGAUCCAUUCACAUUGAGAUUUUUUUACAAUUUAGGAUUAGAGUAUUUUCGUGGUGGUGCUAAUUGGAAUUAUUUAACAAAUGUACAGUCGCCUGAUUUUGGACAGUGGUAUCAAGGUGCAUCUCCGAAUGAAGAAGAAAUUACAAAUAUCACGAAUAUGAUCCAAGAUUGUACACUUACGCAACAAAAGAAAGAGCCUAACAAUGAUCAGAAAGAAAUUGGCACUCAAUCACUGUACCAAGAAAACGAAAAUAGAUACGUAAAUGAUAUCAAAAAUACACAGAUUCAGAAGACUGAAGUUCAAAGAGGAAAUGAUGGGAAAGAAACAUCGUAUUCGUCUCGCGAUAGUAAAUUAGAAUAUGCAAAUAAAGAAUCUUCUCGUUUAAAUAGAAAUGGAUUAGGUCCACGAUAUAAAAAAAAUUCAGAGAAUCGACAUCGAUCUGCUUCGCAUUUUUCUAAUAAUCAGUAUUCAAGCAACGGAUCAAACUCUAAACUUUCCAAAUUGGACAGAGAUGCAAAAGAAGAUAGUAUGAAUGUUCAACCUUCACAAUCAAUACAUCAGCAGCUACACACUCCUGCAAAUGCAAUGAAUACUUAUCAAGCGUCUUACAUGCAACAAAGCAUGUAUUCCGGACUGCCGUAUUAUGGCAAUGAAGCGGAAGCAUUCGCAAAUCCUUACUAUUCCCUUAAUCCAAGUUUUAUACCAAUCCCGUGCUUAUCGCAUUCUGAUAUACAUGACAAUAACAAUGUGCAACCGUUCUCGCCGCAUCUGUGUCCUGGAAUGGAUUACGCACAAGCUUAUUCUGGCCUAUGCCCGCCGUACUUAUGCCCUCCGCCAACCCCAUAUAAUAUACCUCCACAAAAUAUACCUGAACACUGGUAUGCUGUUGCUGGUCAACCACAUUAUAUGCAGUAUGCACCAGUCUUAUCUGUACCAGCGGAAACAACUUGCACCGGGGUAGUACAAAAUGCUAAUCAAAACGUUCCUUCUUAAAAGUAUUUUGCAGUUACUAUAUAUAUCAUACAACGAGGUUUUCGUUAACCAGUGUUCUUGCAUAUGAAACGAUUCAUCAGAUUUUGUGGAGGUAUAUAUGUAAAAAAGUUCUUAUUAUUUCUAUAUAACUUAUAGUUUUAGAUAGUUCUAAAUUAAGGUAGGAUUAAACGCGAAGAUAAGACCUUACUGCAUAAUCUUAAUAAGUCAUUGUUAACUAUAUGAUCAAUAUCAUUAACGCGUUUAGAUACAUAAAGAUAUAUUAUAAAAAGAGUUUUACGAAUUAUUAAGAAAUAUAAUACGUAUAUAGUAUUACAAAUUACAGUACAAGUUUAAUUUCGAUGUAGCUUUCGUAAUAGAUUAUAUCAUUAGAGAAUGAUAGUAUAAAUUAUUUAUCUUCGAUAUUGGUAGUUGCAAUACCUGUAUAAUAACAUUCAUUAUAUUCUUCAUUUGGUAUAGCCUUGUUACGGUACAUAAGCCGCUCAAAUAACAGUUUCUGAAAUUUUAUGCAGGUGACGUUCUAGUUCAUUAAUAUAUUUGGCCGUUCAUACUUCUAUACUUCAUUUGUUAAAACAAUAUUUUUCCCUAAUAAAAAGUAAUACAAUAAGAAAUGAA